AUCGACGGCCAUGUUUUUCUUCAGAGAGUCGCCCUUUGCUAUUUAGGGAAGUGUUAAUUUUGGUCGUAAAAUAGUGAAUAAUGUUUUUUAUGAGUUAACAGUUAUAUAUUUUUCAUCAGUGUUUAGUGUAAUAUUCAUUAAUUAAUAAAAGUCUUGCCAAUCUUUGACAGAUGUGGAGGUAUCUUAGUUUCCUGUUUCGGUACCCCAAUCUAUUCUAAACAGAAAAUGGCCGACGGUGUUGGUGCGGUUGUCUCCUUUGUUUAGGCUGAAUUUCUAGUGAAUAUAAAGUGUUAAAGAAAUAAUGCCUAGUGCCUCGUUUUCAUCUUCGCGUUCUUACGUACGUAGAUCGCGAAGAAAAGGUGGCCAUAGAAUACCAUUGCCAUCCAGGACACAAUCGAGUGAGCCAUGUGAAUCAGUACCUUGCCCAAAUAACGUGACAGGCAGCGCUAUGGCGGCGACAGCUUGCGCAGGCCCAAGCGGCAGUGGCGGUGGUGGGUCUCCGCCAGUGCCCGCCGCAGCCCCAGCCACCACGGCCGGCCAUCACAGCCCAUAUGACCUACGACGGAAAUCACCUCCGGCCUACCACGAACCGGGCCCCUCUGGAACCUGCUCUUUACCCGCCAGAAAGAGACCGAGAACAUCGCUGUCACAAGGCGUGGAUGUUUGCAACGUGUCGCAGUACCUGCAGUAUGAACUUCCGGACGAAGUAUUACUUUGUAUACUAUCACAUCUCACCGAGCGCGACUUGUGCCGCGUCGCGCAGGUCUGCAAGCGGUUCAAUACGAUCGCUAACGACACCGAACUAUGGAAAAGCCUGUACCAGUCGGUGUUCGAAUUUGAUACUCCAUUACUGCACCCUGCGCCUUGCCAAUUUGAAUUUGUGGCGCCCGACGAUUGUGAGGCUGACAAUCCGUGGAAAGAAAGCUUUCGUCAACUUUACUAUGGAAUACACGUGCGUCCGAAUUACCGCCCCAAGAAAGACUCUCGUAUGAAACACUUUAACACUAUAAGGGCGGCUCUCGAAUAUGUUGAGGAACGCAGCGGUGGUUCGACGGCCGCGAGCAAUACAAGCACGUGCGCGUGCAGCCCCGCGGCGUGCACGUGCCGGCGUGCGUCCACAUCUGCGCCCGCUCGGCCCGCGCUCGUCUUCGUGCACGCAGGCCUCUACCAGGAGGAGUGUCUUGCUAUUGAUUCGGAUAUACAGCUUGUCGGCUGUGCCCCCGGCAACGUAGCGGAAUCUGUGGUAUUGGAACGCGAGGCCGAAUCGACUCUUACAUUCGCCGAGGGAGCCAACCGCGCCUACGCCGGCUAUAUGACCCUGAAAUUCUCACCAGAUGCGACAAGCACUAUGCAGCAUCACAAGCACUACUGUCUGGAGGUCUCCGACAACUGCUCACCCACCGUUGAUCAUUGUAUUAUUCGCAGUGCUAGUGUUGUUGGUGCAGCAGUGUGCGUAUCAGGCGCUGGCGCUAACCCGGUGAUCAAACACUGCGAUAUCAGCGACUGUGAAAAUGUCGGCCUCUACGUCACUGAUUACGCGCAGGGCGCGUAUCAAGACAAUGAGAUAUCACGUAACGCACUAGCUGGUAUUUGGGUGAAGAACUUUGCGAAUCCAAUUAUGCGUAGAAACCACAUUCAUCACGGCCGGGAUGUUGGAAUAUUUACAUUUGAGAAUGGACUGGGCUACUUCGAAGCAAACGAUAUUCACAAUAACCGGAUCGCGGGUUUCGAAGUAAAGGCCGGUGCCAACCCUACCGUAGUACAUUGUGAAAUACACCACGGACAAACCGGCGGUAUCUAUGUACAUGAAUCCGGUCUAGGCCAAUUCAUAGACAAUAAGAUACACUCGAAUAACUUCGCCGGUGUAUGGAUUACCUCUAAUAGUAACCCCACUAUACGACGUAAUGAAAUAUAUAACGGGCACCAAGGGGGCGUGUAUAUAUUCGGUGAAGGGCGUGGUCUGAUUGAGCAUAAUAAUAUCUAUGGAAAUGCAUUGGCUGGUAUACAGAUUCGCACAAACAGUGACCCAAUAGUGAGGCAUAAUAAAAUCCACCAUGGCCAGCACGGAGGCAUCUACGUGCACGAGAAGGGCCAAGGGCUCAUAGAGGAGAACGAAGUGUACGCGAACACGCUCGCUGGCGUAUGGAUCACUACUGGGUCUACGCCCGUAUUACGACGUAAUCGUAUACAUUCGGGGAAACAGGUCGGCGUAUACUUUUAUGAUAAUGGCCAUGGAAAGUUAGAAGAUAACGAUAUAUUUAAUCAUUUAUAUUCGGGGGUUCAAAUAAGGACAGGAAGUAAUCCCGUGAUAAGAGGCAACAAGAUAUGGGGCGGACAAAACGGAGGCGUUUUAGUGUAUAAUGGCGGACUUGGUUUAUUGGAACAAAAUGAAAUAUUCGAUAAUGCCAUGGCCGGUGUCUGGAUUAAGACAGAUUCUAAUCCCACCUUGAAGAGGAAUAAGAUUUUUGAUGGACGCGAUGGCGGGAUAUGCAUUUUUAAUGGCGGAAAGGGUAUACUAGAAGAGAAUGACAUAUUCCGUAACGCGCAAGCUGGUGUAUUAAUAUCCACCCAGAGCCACCCUGUACUACGGCGAAACCGCAUCUUUGAUGGCUUAGCCGCGGGAGUCGAGAUCACCAACAAUGCAACAGCCACACUGGAGCACAACCAGAUAUUCAACAAUCGGUUUGGAGGUCUGUGUUUAGCAUCGGGUGUAUCACCUCUAGUACGCGGCAACAAGAUAUUCAGCAAUCAAGACGCUGUGGAGAAAGCAGUUGGAGGCGGACAGUGCUUGUACAAGAUAUCCUCAUACACAUCCUUCCCAAUGCACGAUUUUUAUAGAUGCCAGACUUGCAACACAACGGAUCGCAACGCCAUAUGUGUCAAUUGCAUCAAAACGUGUCAUUCAGGACACGAUGUAGAAUUUAUACGCCAUGACAGAUUUUUCUGCGAUUGUGGCGCGGGCACAUUAUCCAACCAAUGUCAGCUGCAAGGCGAGCCAACUCAAGACACAGACACCUUAUACGAUUCCGCUGCUCCCAUGGAGUCACACACCCUUAUGGUCAACUGAGCAACUCGCUGUCAUAUUGGUCACAAUUUUGCUUCAUAACUCUUAUAGAGGCCAACUAUGGGACGCCGUUAAAUUUACUAUUUUAUUUACGUCGCCAGUCAUUCGUGUUUGUAGAUCUAAAGAUAAAAAUGUUAAAAGUAAAAUGCCUCGAUUUGUGUUAUUAGUUAGGACUUCUAGAAGCAAAACAAUAUGUGACACAAUUUACGAAAAUCCCAAUACAAAAGGAAUAUUGAUCUUGAGCAUUGCCUUAAUGAAACUUAGUUGAACGUCAUUCAAAGACAGUUUCAAAACCCGGGAUGAUCUUUGGUAAAGUAGGGCAUGAGAAAAUCCAAUAAUGUAAGAUAAUAAGAUAAAAUUAUAAACGUUUAUUAUUAUUUGUUUAAGUACUAGGACUUUUACCAUCACUUUAUUAUAUUUGAUCACAAUGGAAGGGAGAUAUCGGAGAAGGGAAAUUUCACACAUUAAAAUUGGCCAAAUAUGAAAUUAUGGCCCUAAAGCCCAGCGAAGGAAUUGAAAUGAUUCUGUGAUGUGCUCAGUUGCGAAGUUCUCAGUUGUACAUACAAUUAAUCAUUAUUCGGCCCUUCUGUUAAUAUAAUGUAAAGAAAGUAAAUUAUACAAGCAAUUUACUUAAACAGCACCAGGUUAAUUUUUCUAUUAGUCUGUAAAGGAAUUUCACACACCGAAGCCUCCCAUUUUAUUUUUAUCGACUCUAAAAGUUUUAUACUCGACUUAGAAUUAGCAGAAGGGUCGAUUAAUGAAUACCUAAAUUUAAGUCAAUGAAUGUCGCUAUAGCUAUUAUUUUUAUUAGCUAAAACUAUAACACAUUUGCCGAGUCGCUGUUACACAAACGGUUGUGCCCUAGCGUUUCAUACUCUAAUUGUAAAUCUAGACACGAUAUACAGGGGAAACGGGACAAUGUUCCCCUGGCAUGACUCUGGCAGGGGAAACGGGACAAUGUUCCCCUGGCAUGACUCUGGCAGGGGAAACGGGACAAUGUUCCCCUGGCAUGACUCUGGCAGGGGAACAUUGUUCUCUUCUGUACGUAAUGUAAUGGUGAUUGAUUGUCGCUACGCUAUGUAAUAUGUAGGUGUUGUCAUCGGUACUUAAUUAUGUAUUUCCUCAUAGUAUCGUGCAUUUCCAAAUUGUAAUCAUACAUAAUCUCAAUCACGUUGAUAUUUAGAAUAUUUGUUUGUUUUGUAAGAUGUACUGAUAGCGAUUUAUAUAUAUGUACGGUGGAAUCAUGGGAGAUUUUUUUUUUAAACGGAUAGUUACGUUUGUGAAGGUAUUAGCGAGUCGAGCCGGACAGGAGAGCUUGUUUUACGAAGGAUUUUCUUUUUUACAUUUGACGAUUACGGGAGCAUUUAUUUUUGGCUUUCCUGACGGCGAGGGCUCUGCCGGUUUUAGUUAAUAAAAAUAUCGUAUUAGCGAGAAUGGCGCGUCGGCGCCCGAAGGCCGGCGCGCCGUGCUUUGUAAAUAUUUGUCACACAAUAAUCGAAAUGUAGUUAUUAAUGUAUUUGUAUCAUUAUAUUUUUAUUAUUGAUCACAAUAUGUAUGUCUAAUUAUAACGUAUUACGUACGAUACGCUCAGACGGGCGCACGCAGCUAGUGUACGUUAUACGCGAAGGAUUGUGCGCAGUUUUGAAAAGAUCUUAGGUACAAUUGUUAAUUUAAAGUAUUGAUAUCGAUCGAGAAGCAAUGUCGGGGCGUGCGACGGAGUGCCGGUAGUGAUAAGUUAAUCGAAUAAGCUAUGAAAAUCUAAAUUCUCUGUAAUCACUAUUGCAAGUUUCCAAUCGUUAAAUCGUCUCCAUAGCACGGUAUGUUCUGAAUCUGCUUUUUUUAUAAUUCUCAAUCUGUGAUCAUCGCUAAAUGUUUAAGAGGAAAUAAUUUAGUUCAUCACAUACAGAAUUUAUAUGACAUUGUAAUCAAAAUUUAUUGUGGCGGCUUAUUGUAAUUGAAUGUGAAAUUAUUUAUUUUCAGUAUGUUCUUAAUUUAUUUAAUAAUCCGGAUAUUGUUUAUUGAGAAACCACUGUAAAAGCCGUGAUAUACAUCAUAUACUAUUAUA